AUGCUGUUCAUUUACGUUCCUGAUUCAUUCACUUUUAUUUCUUGCACACAGUUGUUGGUCGAUCUCCUUUCUGCUUCUUUAUGGAUGGAAGACGAUAAAGUUAAUAUGGCGCUUGAUGACAUUAUCAAGCUCAAUAAAAGAAGGCGUGGUGCAAACGGAGCCGGCAGAAGCAAUGGAAGUGCGCAAAAGUUUAAGGGACGCACAUUUGCCGGUUCACGCGGGAGAGGUGCCCUUGCGCAACGUCGAGGUGCUCGCGCCAACUUUGGCAGGCGACGAGGUGCUCGCUCGGAGUCUGUACAGCACCGUAGUACUCGCUCCGAUAGCGCAAGCGUGUCAGUUGUGAACAAUGCUGCUACCAGACGUUUUGUUAAGAACCUCGUCAAUAAAACGAUCAAAAGGAUGCGAGCUAAAGCAGCAACAGCGAGUCGCGCUGAUACAGUUCUCACAGGGAUUGGUGCGAGAUCACGUGGUAUUCGUAAGAGAGUCCUGGGCGUUCCGCGCAUUGUCAUAAGAGGACCCAGAGGAAUUCGUUCUGCUGUUCAGCGUCGGGUUGAAGAGCGACCCGAACAGGUUGUGUACGAGACUGUGCGCGUUGUGGACCCUCAGCCUGCUCCAGUCCGUGUGAUUCGUCGACGUGAAAAUGCCCAACGUGGAGCACUUCAAGCGCCCCGUCGUUUCCUUCAACAGAGAUCGGCACAGUUCCAACGCCAGAGGAGUCGUGUCAUCGUACAACAGCCUGCAAGAACGAGCAGAGCCUUCCUCGAUCGGGAUAUUGUUGUAUAUCCGAACGGCAACAGCAGAGCUCCUGUACGCAGAGCAAAUGUUGUCUACGUAGAUGAUCAAAUGAGCUCCAGAGUGCAGCGUUCUGCUCAAAGCAAUGUACAGUUUGUCAGAAAGAGACCUAGUCGGCAAUAUAUGUCAUAUGAUGACAUUGACGACGACGUGGACAGUUACCCCUCAACCAGCAGAUUUUCUGGAAAUGGCAGGAUGAAACGGAAGGGGCGUGGUUUUGACGUUCGCGCGUCGCUUCGAGCGCAACCGCUUACGCAACUGCAUGGUGCUUCAUGUCGCUUUGACCCGACUAUAAGACAAUCCGUUCAUUUACAUUUGGUUCGGCUGGCUGCCAACGAUGCUGCUCAUUCGGAGUCCAAUGACAUUGACUACAUUACCUUCCUAAUGACAACCAUUCGCAACUUCGUCCGAUGUGCCGUGGAAGACUUCCGGACUUUGCAUGCACAUUUGGACAGCCUGAGGUAUUUGAAGCGUCGAGAGCUCAAUAUUGUCGAACAAGUAUUUGUGCAUCGGAACGUGGCACGCAUCACAGAUUUUCUGGAGGAGCUAAAGGAGAAGACUGGGUACCAUGUAUGUUUCUUGCGCGGAUGCAAAGACAAUACUGUAUCGUCAUUUUUCGAAAGCGGUCUUGCUGUGGUUCCCCUUCCUGAACUGCGUGGACGUCACUUCGAAGAGAUAUUGUCCCAGAAUUCUUCUGAUGAGAUGAGUUCUCUUGGUUUCGCUGCUGGAGCUGCUCUUCAUGAAAUUGGUCACUUGUUCGGCGCAUUUCACUCAUAUCAGGGAAUUAUGAGCGAACAACCAAAUGCCAUUUUAUUGUUUGGAACUAAAGUAAACGGGCAACUCGAAAAUAUUCCUGAGUGUUUCUUCGACAACUACUCUAUCUGCUUAUUCGCGCACGGACCAUUUUUUAACGAACCGAUCAACCGUGGAACCCACUCGCCAGUUCUUUUCAAAUUAUCGAAGGCAGUAUUGCACAUAAAGUGCGAGGAGGGCAUUCUCUUAGUUGUUAUAAUUCAGGACACUGCUUAUCGAGACCUGAAGAUUUUCGAUGCGUCACAAACCUCAGUAACGAUCAACGUCGAUGAACGAAGUUGGGAUCUCAUUCAAAGAAUGAAUAAAACUGCUGAGAAACUAAUGGCGUACAGAAAAGGAAACAAAGUAAAAGAUGAUAAAUCGGUACGAAAUAUCUCACCCUCGUCGUCAGUGCACGAGCUGGAGAACAAGCGCGGCAUUCAGCGGUCACCAGGGAUUUGGCAGCGUCUGAAUAUCGAUAUUCUUGAUGCGCCACCACUUCGUACUUGGCGGAAGUGCUUAGAAACUAAUCCUCGAUCAACUCUUGUUGCUACAUUUCUCGUCUACCUCAUCGGACAAAUCUACUUCGUUUGGCUUCAAUUUGGACUCGUAUUCUUCGCCUUUUCUAUUCUCGCCGCAAUUUGUCUUAGCCUUGGAAAUCGCAGUGAAGGAGAGAUGUCUGCUUACUCCGUAUUCAAUCCUAACUGCGAAUUGAUUAGCCUCGUCACAACCAGGAUCAUUGGUGUUCCUCGAGUCUUGUUGUGCUGGCUGGAAGAAGACGCCAUUUGUCGAUUCUCCCUAUCUUUCUUAUCCAUGGAUGAAUCUCACAGUUUGUUACUUAAUGAGGAAGCGUUAAGGCAAUGUCCGGAUGCGAAAAAACCGGUCUUUCUCUAUGAAUGGCUGCGAUAUUUGGAUCGGAUUUUACCAGUAACUCAAAGAUCGGACCUGAAGUCUAUACAACCACAAUUAGUACAGCAGUUGUUAUCACGUGUAACGUCCAUAAAUGGACCGCCGAUACGAUAUUUGCUUGCCAGAUGUUUGGCACGAAUAUAUCUCAUUGGUGACAGCUCAACUUUUGGUGACACACUGAAUCUAUGCAAUGAUACAUUGAAGAUCAAAGAUGAUUCACCGAGCCAACUUCCCGCGAAACUUGCUGCGCUCGCCUGUAUUGCUUCGUUCUAUGAAACUAUGGGAAGAUGUGGAUCAAGUUUUGUGGAUACCUUUCCUAUAAUGGUUAAGUGGCUGAAAAUCGCUGAGUCUCAAGGACGUGCUGAAAUUCUCAUGACUUUGUCAAGUAUGGUAAGCGGACUUGGCUCUGGCGCUUCGAAUUUCCACAAAGACGUCUACAAAGCUGCGAAAGCACACCUGGCCGAUCGUGUAAUGCCUGUGCGGACGGCAGCAUUACAAUGUUUAACGGCUCUGGUACCAGUGUAUCCACCUUUAUAUUCAACAGAGCUUGAGGCCGUUGUAACUCUUUGUACGAAAGCCCUUGAUGGUUCGAAUUAUGAGACAAGACUGGCAGUAGCAAAGUUACUGGGUGUCCUUCUAGCGACAACAUUACAACCUCCUCCACCACCUAUCGCAAUCGGCAAGCCUACAGCGAAUGCUCGAGCUGCCCCAAUACGCCCGAUCCCACUGGAAGACGCUUUACAUUUACUAGCUGGCGGAUUUCUACGUGGUGGCAUUGGAGGAUUUCUUAAAGGAGGUUCAAAUUGCAGCACCGCGACUGUCGGUGGUCAAAAGGAUGUACGAGCAGGCAUCGCCAUGGGCUAUGUUGAACUUAUGCGAGAAAUGGGUGCGUUGUGGUUGGAACGUAACCUCUCGGUUAUUUGUCGUCAUCUACUCGAACUAGCAGCGAAAUGCGGUGGACUUGCUUAUACGAAUUCUCCACCUCAAGCAGCGGAAGCAAUUUUUCUUAGAAGGUGUGUUUCAUACAUACUGCGAGCGACUGUGGGAACAAUGCUUAGUGAACAAGCCCAAAUUACUGCUUGUAAAUAUCUUGGGCAGCUCCUAGCCGAUUAUAUCAACUCGUUCGAUUACUCAGUUGAACCUGGAGUUGAACGGAUACUUGGUGCAGAAGCAUAUUCCAGCGCUCAAGCGGCUGUGGUGGCUACGCUAGAGUUGUCGAACCUUGUUCGACAGAUUGGGACAGCUGUUACGCCGCUAUUCGUUGAAGCAUCUGGCAUCAUGGAACCAGUAUUCGCCUGCCUACUUCAUCCUAUUGUUUCGGCUCGAACUGCUACGGCUUGGUGCCUUAGGUGUAUCACUAUGGCUGUACCAAGUCAACUUACGCCACUUAUUGAUCGAUGUCUUAGCAGGCUCGAGCACAUGAAAUCGUGCACCGACGCCAUUAGCGGGUAUUCGCUGGCCCUGGCUGCAUUGGUAGCAGCAGCCUCUGAUUGUAAAUUAGGGAUUCCACACGGGAAACCCAAACAGGUACUAUCCUGCGCUGAAGACAUGUUGAAGACGGCAACUCAACAGAGUCGCUUAGCUGUGGCGAAGAUCAAUGCAGGAUAUAUAUUGCUGAAUGCUGUGGUUUCGAUGGGAACAUCUGUUGUGAAAGAAAACAUGCCAAGGAUUAUCCAGCUUUGGAGAACUGCGUUCCCACGAAGCACUAAAGAAGCUGAGGCUGAGAAAGGGCGAGGGGAUGCGUUUUCCUGGCAAUGUGCACUCGAACAACGUGCCGGUGCUUUGGGAGUAAUGUUAGCUGUGGCGAAUCAACGAGAGUUAGCUGAUGAUGAAGCCAUAAAAGCAAUGUUGCUUCCGAUAGAAUGCGCUCUUGUCAUGAGCUCGCAGGUUGGAACUCUUAUAAGGUCAUAUGGUACAAAAAUGAGGGCUUUAAUUAGCUGCGUUCGAGUUCGUGUCUAUCAGUUGCUAAUAUUGUUACCACCGAAAAGCUACGAACAAAUGUUCCAUUCUCUUCUCCGUGAACUAGUCGCUGAGGUGACCCUCUCAGAUGAUCAGGGAUCUCAAAUGAUGACGGCCGUAGCGGGGUUAUUGUGCUCAGGGGCAGAGCACACUCUUCUAGCCCCAUGGAGUGGAGGAGCGACUGAUCAAGCAUUGGUGGAAGACCAGUUGCAAACACUUUCACACAUUGGCAGCGGUGCUCUUGAAAAUGACUCGACCUGCCUUAUUAGUGGCUCUGCAAAAGAUGUGCAUAACCUUUGGCCAGAACCUGACACACCUCAAGCAGCUUGCUUGGAUGCGGCCAUACAGGCAUAUGGAAAGGUCUUCCCGAUGAUCCCGGACCGACAAAAGCUUCAAAUCACUGAGCACUUCGCAGAUGUAAUAAAGAAUUGCAAGCAUGCUCAGCGCCAACAAGCGAUAAUGCUUAACGUCUUGUGUGCGUUGGCGUUAGCGUUUCGUGGUGUGACAGAAUCACGUGGAGGUGCUCGCAUGGACAGCGAACCUCUGAGAAAAGCGAGUACUGCGUUGGUAGAGUCAGCUCUGGAGACAGGAACGACACCGUUAGUAAGAGCAGCAGCGGCAGAAGCUCUAGGAAGGCUUGCACAAGCUGUUGGAGAUCCACAGUUUGUUGCUCUGCGAGCACAGGCUUGUUUUGACAAACUUCGUGCAUUCCGUGACGGUCGUCGAGCAGGAUAUGCGCUGGCUUUAGGGUGCAUCCACCGACAUGUAGGAAGUUUAGGUAGUGGACAGCACUUGCAUACUGGUGUGUCGGUCUUGUUUGCCUUGGCUAGAGAUCACAAUGCACCGUCGGUGCAGGCUUGGGCAAUGGUAGCGCUAUCGUUAAUAGCUGAGACUGGCGGUGGAAUGUUCCGCGGAUAUGUUGAGUUAGCAUUAAGUGAUUGCCUCACCUUACUGCUGAAUACGCAAUCAUCGAACGUCGAGGUGGUACAAGGAAUAGGGAAGCUCCUAACUGCUUUGAUGACAUGCGUCGGCCCGGAAUUAGGUUCGUGUGGUACCAUAGAAGGCGUUCGAUCGUCGUUGCUGGCAGCGUGUGCUAUCCAGUUAUCUCAUCCUGAUCCACUCAUCAAAUCGGAGGCGAUUGGAGGUCUUCAGCAGAUGCAUCUAUAUGCUCCACGAUAUGUCAAUCUCGCCCAUUUGGUUGUAGAUAUAGCUACAUUCUUGACUAGUCAACACCUUUGCUUACGAAAGGCUUCGGUUUGUUGCCUAAGACAACUUGUCCAGAGAGAAGCUAGAGAGGUUCGAGAGCACGCACAAGUGCUUGUGCCCCAAGGCGUCGUAGAUGAAGGGAAGAAACUCCCACUACCCGAUACCGGUCUCGAAGGUGCACUUUUCGAUAUGCUAGAUGUAGAGACGGACCCGACUCUAAGAGCGCAUGUCCAGGAGACUAUAGUUUCGCUAGUACAAGCUACCUGCAGUGAGCUUUUGAACCAAUGGCUGCUGCUUUGCAAGGACAUUCUGGCAACAUCCAGUGAUAAUACGAGGAGCACUAUGUUUGUUGGUGAAGAAAAAGCAGGAAAAGAAGGAGAUGAAGACGAGGAAGGCGGUGAUGACGAUGAUGCGACACUUCAAGUUGGCGGUUCGAGAUCAGCUGUUCCUGACAAAGGCAAAGUGCAACCACGUUGGCCCACCAGAGUGUUUGCAACCCAGGUGGUUCAAAGGCUAAUGAGUGUCUGCGAUACAGAAAGGGCCCACCUAGAUUUAUCACUAGCAAAAGAACUACAAAUGUCGUCUGGAGGUCGCGCUGAUUAUCUGGUGCUCCAUUUAUCGGAUCUCGUAAGAAUGUCUUUCAUGGGCGCUACUAGUGACAAUACAGAGCUGAGAUUAGCUGGCUUGAACUCAUUGCAGGAUGUGAUCACGCGGUUUUCUACGGUACCAGAACCGGAAUUUCCUGGACACGUCAUACUAGAACAAUUUCAAGCCCAGGUUGGAGCAGCUCUUCGACCAGCGUUUACUGAAGAUACACCUAGUCAUGUGACCGCAGCAGCAUGUCAGGUUUGCAGUACAUGGAUCGGUAGCGGUGUGGCGAGAGAUUUAAAUGAUCUGCGACGUGUCCACCAGCUACUUGUUUCCUCCCUCGGCAAGUUGAAACACGGUUCCAUCAAUACCCAGCUCUACAGCGAAAGCGCUGCGACUUUAGAGAAAUUGUCUAUCUUAAAAGCAUGGGCGGAGGUGUAUGUCACAGCUAUCGCUCAGGAAGAACGUCAAGAAGUCAGGAUGGACUCAACUGGAGAUGACGAAGACAUGGGUUACGUGAGCUCUUCGGAAAGUUUGUUAUCAUUGGUGCGUCCCGAACUCGAUUCUCUUGUGUGCUAUUGGUUGGCGGCGCUGCGAGACUCCGCCUUACUAUCGCUUCCAGUGCAGUUCUCUGAUCAAAUGCCUGCUUCUGGUGGUGCGUUUUAUAAAGCGGAGAGUGUGGAGGCUUGCCGAGAAUAUUAUCGUAACAGUUGGCCACCGAUUCUACUUGCACUAGCUAUGUGGUUGAGCAAGACAAACUUUGAACUGCCAGAGAAUGCCGAGGCUCCUCAAACCUGGCCGGACAACCGAAGGGAACCUAGAUUCCAUCUAAUGAUGGGAAUUGCUGUUGAAGCGUUAUGCAGCAGGACUAUCUAUGCUGAUGAUCAUACGAUACAGAGCUGCGUUCGAGCGGUCCACGCUUUGCUGCAGUGUGAAUGGUGCCAACUGCAGCUUAUGUCGGAUAUACGCUUACCUAUCGAAUUGUGUAAUGUUCUCCACAGGCUCAUUCUAACGCGCGACAAUCUUGCCACCCAACAACUUUGUGUCGGUUGUGCUCACGCCAUUCUCGACGCUGCUCGAUGUUCAAUUCGGAUAAAUGCUAGUGAAGAUAUUGAAAAUGGCAAUUUGCCGAGCCCCACAACCAGCUCGGAUGAUCGACCAAAAAAUCUUUAUGCAGGCGGCGAAGGUGAUGAUGGCAUUGCACAGGGCGCAACGCUUACUUUCGCCAUGAUGGAACUAUGCUUGUGUGUAAUGGUGCGGCAGAUGCCACAGAUAAACUCUGCCCAAAUGAAGAGCAAGUCCUUGGCUCCACUACAUAUGCGUCGAUUUGGAAGAUUGCCUAUUGAAAGUGCUAGUUUGCUCAGGAGUGGGAUUCAGUUACUUGUUAACGUGCCGUCACUUUGCUCGUCAAAAGGCCGUCUCAUCAUACUUCCUAGCAUUCUUUACCUCAUUAUCGGUCUCAUCCGGGAAUCAGCAAGAGUGGAUGAGAAUAGUGUCGUCCCGGAUCUACCACCUGGACAUCUGACUGUAGUUGCAACGACGGCUCUUCAGGCACUCCGCAACCUAGCGUCUACUCCACCCACUGACACAACUCUUUCUGCUUGGAUCACCAUGAUGCAGAGCGCCUUGUACUCAAUUCUUUUAAUUUGUGAUGGUGAAUUUCGCAAGGACGAAUGUGUGCUUAUGCUGUCUUGUGUAGUACUUGCUUCUGUGGCUCCUCGACCAGUAGUAGUCGGCCAUCGUGAGAGCUUCCAUCGGCUGGUGCGGCUCAUUCGAUCGCAAUUGCAUAGCGAAAAUCCACAGAUCGUCUCCAAAACCCUUCAAUCGCUGUCUUCAUUAUUUGCACGGCGAGACAUCAAUGGUCCUUUCAUUUCUUUGUUAGGAAGAGACGUAUUCAACGUAGUACGGCCGUUGGUAACCGGAGAAGAUGUAAUGAGGAAUGUCAAAGAUAUCUCGGAAGAACAGCUGCCAAUUGUCCAGGAUGCAUUCAAGACCUUGGAAGUAUUAGUGACAGUAGCGGAUGAGAAGAGGAAGUUCUCGAUGGUUUCACUGCUGACCCAGUCUUUGUGCCGUUUGUUAUGCGCUACUACAGCUGAUGAAUGGCGAUUAUUAAGUCAGCCAGCUAGAAAGAUUCAUGAGUUUGCCUUGCAGCGGUUGAAUGCCGUUGCUCCAGCGUGGCCGAUAGAAUUCAAGCAGGUGUUAGCAUCGCAUCCUACGUUGAAAAAACGGUUGGAAACUGCAUUAUUGUUGCAGUCCAGCCGUCAGGUGCAGGCGCAACAAGUGGCUAAGGCAAAGGCAGUUGCUGCAGAGUCAAAGACUGUUCAUCUAACCCAACAGCCAACGAUCAAGCUUACUAUGGAUUUCAAUGCGUUUGGGAAAGCUGCUUCGUAG